AGAACAUCAUUGAGCCGAGUACCGUCAAUGUGUCACGUACUUUUCAUCCCUGGGUCGCUCUCUUCAAUGAAUCUUCUUCGCGUCCCCUCUACCGCCCGUCUGCUAUCUACGACGAGCGCGGCCCGACGCAUGACCACCAUGGCAACAGCAACAACACCAACAAAAGCAACAACACAGAAAGCCGUGGUGAUCCAGGGGCCUGGGGUGGCCAAGCUAGUCACCGACCGGCCCAUCCCGCGCCUCCGCGACGACUACAUCCUCGUCAAGACCGCCGCCGUGGCGCUCAACCCGACCGACUGGAAGCACAUCCAGUCGCGCGUCAGGCGCGCCGGCCCGCUCGUCGGCUGCGACUACGCCGGCGUCGUCGAGCGGGUCGGCCCCAAGGUCACCAAGGGGUUCCGGCCCGGCGACCGGAUCUGCGGCAUGGCCCAUGGGUCCAACGCCGUCGAGCCCGAGGACGGGACCUUUGCCGAGCGCAUCGUCGUCAAGGGCGACACGCAGAUCGAGAUCCCGCGCGGCGUGAGCUUCGAGGAGGCGGCGACGCUCGGGGUGGGCAUCACGACCGUCGGCCAGGGCCUGUACCAAACGCUCGGGAUGAGGCUGCCAAGCGACGAUCCGCCGCUAAAGGAGGAGGAGGAGCCCGUCCCGGUCCUCAUCUAUGGAGGCAGCACCGCCACCGGCACCCUGGGCAUCCAGUUCGCCAAGCUGUCUGGCUACACCGUCCUGACCACCUGCUCCCCCCGCAACGCCGAGCUCGUCAAGGCGGCCGGCGCGGACUUUGUGUUCGACUACAACGAGGCCGACGUCGGUCGGCGCAUCAGAGAGCACACAAACGACAAGCUGCGCUACGCCUGGGACACCAUCUCCCUCCCCGCGUCGGCCAGGAUCUGCGCCGAGGCGCUCUCGUCGGCCCCGGGGGGGAAAUACGCCUCCCUGGGCGCCGUCGAGUUCCCCCGCGAUGACUGCUCCAGCGCGUUUACGCUUGCUUACACUGCGCUAGGGGAGGCGUUCACGUUUGGGGACAUCGAAAUCCCCGCGAAGCCGCAGGACUACGAGUUUGCCAAGAUGUUUUGGGAGCUCGCGAGGGAGCUGUUGACGGAGGGCAAGAUCAAGGCUCAUCCCAGGCGUGUUCGGCGGGGGCUCGAAGGUGUGCUGGAUGGGUUGCAGGAAUUGAAGGACAACAAGGUCAGCGGCGAGAAGCUGGUGUACACAUUGUAGAUGAAGUACUUGAGAUUUCUUACAACAAAUUCAUAAUUCUGAAAGGAA